AUGAUUUCAAAUGAUGUUACUACUUCAUCAUCAUCAUCGGGGAUUCAGUUAUUCGCCAACUUCGAUUCUGGUAAUAUGCUCCGAUAUGAACGUGUUACUUCGUCCAUCACAGCGCCUCCGAUCCCAACCAAUCCUACGGAAACUGAUUCAAACAAUAACAAUCAAGCAACAGAAGCCGUUGUAAAUACAAUAAGUCAUCCAUUACCGAAGCAUGAUAUCGAGUUUAAUGUUUGGACACGACGCGAUUGUGAAGGAACAACGAAAGUCAAUGGAAAUCGUUCCUGGUUCUAUUUCGGAGUGAAAGGUGGCCAUGGAAAGUGUAUUCGAUUCAAUAUCAUGAACUUAAAUCGACAAGCACGCCUGUUCGAAAUGGGAAUGUUACCAGUGUUUCGAACGGUACCUGGCCAUGAAAAAUGGGCACGUAUCUACAUUCGUCCAUGUUGGGAAGUGCUCAAUGAAGAUUUCAAAUUGUCAUUCAUACAUCGGAUGGUCGAUGCGAAAAAUUCAAUAACCUAUUUUGCGUUCUGUUUUCCUCAUUCGUAUGACGAUAUGCAAACAUUGUUGAACACCUACGAUAAUUUAUACAAUUCGAAAUUAGCUAAUCAUUAUUUAGAGCGGCCAUCAAUGCCUAUCAAUGGUUCAGAUAUUUACUAUCAUCGAGAAACAUUGUGUUACUCUUGUGAUAAAAAUAAACUCGAUUUACUGACGAUAACAUCGUACAAAGGUAUAACAAAAGAACGCGAGCAUCAUUUUGAUAGAAAAUUGUUUCCGGAUUGUCCCAAUACUACCAAGCGACCACAUCAAUUUCGGAAUAAACGUGUCUUUUUCCUUUCAAGUCGCGUUCAUCCCGGUGAAACGCCUGCCGCCUACGUAUUUCUUGGUUUUCUUGAUUUUAUUCUCAAACCUGAUGAUCCUCGUGCUCGGAUACUCCGUGAUCUGUUUAUUUUUAAACUAGUGCCUAUUCUAAAUCCCGACGGUGUUCAACUUGGUCAUUAUCGCACAGAUCAAUUCGGUGUAAAUCUUAAUCGUAUGUACCUCGAUCCCGAUUUCGACAGACAUCCGUCGAUAUACGCUGCGAAAAGUUUAAUCGCCUACCAUCAUAUUAAUAAUUGCAUAUCACCACAACCGAUUUUAACUGUUCAAAACAUCUUCAAAGAUUUCAUAGUUCCAGAUCAACCAAAUUCAGAUACACAAAGUAUUGAACAACUGAUCAAUAACAGUCAGAUUCAUGAUCAAUCAACAGCGAGACAAAUGCAUUUUCAACAGGAAACGAAAACGACAUUGAACUAUCAUGCAUUCAAUGAGUUAUCUUUGGAUGACCGACCAAUACAGGAAGAUAAUCGACCAUUCUUCCUGGAACGGGCAGAGAAUGGCUUAGCUCCGGUUGUUCCUUCAGAUAUUGAUGAUGAUGAGAUUCAACGUUCGUCACCGUAUGCAUUUCAUUAUGUGAAUGAAAAUUUAGAGCUUCAGCAAGAUCUAUACGCUGUCACUAAUGACGAUGAUAUGGAUGAAGGAAAUCUUCGAAAUCAAAUAAGGGGAAACGAAGGUUCAGAUGACGAUGAUGAUAUGUGCUCAGCUGAUCCGAAUGACAAUGGUGCUCAAGAACCGAAAUCUCCGCAUUUAGCGAAUCCUGACUUUCUCAAAAUCUCACCGUAUGAAAGUGGUGUUGCUUAUUACAUGGAUUUACACGGUCAUGCAUCCAAAAAAGGAUGUUUCAUCUAUGGAAAUCAUUUACCUGACGACGAUCAGCAUACGAAUAACAUUCUCUAUGCAAAAUUAAUCUCAUUAAAUUCUCCGCAUUUCGAUUAUGAUAAUUGUAAUUUUACAAUAAAAAACAUGUACAUGAAGGAUAGACGGGAAGGUCUAUCGAAAGAAGGCAGUGGCCGUGUCGCUUUGAAUAAACAUUUUGGUAUACUUCAUUCGUAUACACUCGAAUGUUCCUAUGCCGUAGGUAAAUCAUGCAAUGCAAUAGCACCCGCCGAGAAUGAAGCACACGGCGGGCGAAUAUCACCGCCAACUCCUUGUUCGCUGCCACCAAAAUUUACUAUUGAACAUUACCGUGAUGUUGGAAAAGCAUGUGCUCUGGCUGCGAUUGAUAUUCUUCCUGGACGAAAUCCAUUUACGCGUGUUACUCAUUCGACAUUCAAGAACUUACAAACAUUACGUGAUUAUUUCAAACAUCAGAUACGACAACAGCGCAAUCGAAUGGGCAACACUCGUACACUUGUGUCACAAGUUUCAUCCAAUACAGUUAACCGUGGUAAACAACAACAAUACUUACAGAGAGUGACACAAACAUAUCGAACAACAAACAGUACAAGUACAUUAUCGACAAAUUCACAACAGCAGCAAUCAAAUUCUACGGCACCAGCUACAUCCAGUGCGCCUCCAUCAACCAUGACGGUAAGUCGAACUGCAUCGAACAAUCAGUUGAAUCGGACGUCAGGAGCGACAUCGAAUCAGCAGGCCGCGUCGCGUGUUAAAUUAAAUUAUGAUAAUCGACGGUAUUCUAAUAUUCAAUACAAACGUACAUCACAACCUUCAAUGAACUCAAAUUUACGCGUGGCACAAAAAUUAUCACCAAUUGAAGCAGUAUCUUUACCAACAGCUCGUCUUGUUCUUCAACAACCAUUGUCCUCUCCUAGUCGUCUUCAGCAACAACAGCAACAGUCAACAUCAUCUCCAUCAUUGCACUAUAUCGCACCGUCAAGUUCAAUUCUUGAUCCUCUAGUUAUCGGUCGCAAUCGGCCAACACAACCGUUACCACCACCGCCGGUAGUUCGAAACACAAUUCAUCGCAAUACUGUUAGUCUUAACGCAUUUCCGACAAAUCAACAAAAUAAAACAAUAGCAUCAACGCGAGGACGUGUACAAAAUUCAAUCACCAGAGGUCCGAUCACCACACGAUCAACCCGAAUACGUCAACAAUCGUUAACACCGUUCGAUCUUCAACAAUCAACUGUACCAUAUUCUCAAGCAGCAUUGAUUUAUCGACACCCGAUGAAUACAGAUCCGCCGACUGUGUUCUUCGAAUGA